AUGAGUGAAGAAGAAAAAGAUGAGCAAUAUGACGAACAAUCUAAUGAGGAAGUUGAACAAGUGAAUACUGUCGAAUCAGAUAACAAGGCAUCUUCUAAACCAGUUAUUAAAACAAUUCCGAAAUUUAAAAUUGCAUUAUUCGCAUUUUUAAUAGCCGAAUUCAUAUUGAAAUUCUAUGUAAAUGCCUCAGAAGUCAAAAAUAUUACAAGAUAUAUCGAAAAUAAGAUUUAUUCCGGAAAUAUGAAUCAAAUGCACGUACAAAGAGAUCGAAUCAAAGCUGAUAUGCGACAAGAUUUUCUUUUACUAGUUGCAAACAUAUGUAUUUUGCAAUUUUCUUACAUCAUUUAUCCAUAUACACAAACAGAUAUCAUUAAUAUGGUUAUUUUAAUACUCGCACGUUAUGGAACGACAAUAUUUCCAUUACAAAGAUUCCUUAUUCAUACUCUUCGCUUGAGAUAUUCUGAUGUUACAUGGUUUUCUGAUGAUAUCAGUCAUUUCCCACCAAGAUCAGUACUUUUCUAUUUGAUUUACCAUGGCGUUAUCUACAUAUUCGAAGCAAUCUUGUUUGUUCUCACAAAAUUAUUGACAAGAAGAAAUUCCAGAAAAAUUGAUGGAGAAAAUCCAGAAAAUCGAUCAACAAUCGUCAAAUUUUCUGCUGCUAAAUAUUUCUGGCUGAUUCAUUGGAUUAUCGUUUCUGGAAUAUUAUAUUUCCUAUUUUGUGGACUUCCAAGAAUGGUACCCGACUAUUAUGCUGACAGACAUUAUCUAGAGAAAUAUUCCGAAAAGAAUAUCAUGAGACAAAUAAGAAAAAUCUCAAGAACUUGUAAUUUUCCAUUACAAUACAUUUCGAUUACUUCUGACAAAUUAGAGGAAGGAAAUAUUAUUACUGUCGGAGGCAGAAUGAAAAGAAUCGUAUUCGAUGGAAAUUUCAUGAGAAAUUUGGAUAAUGAAUCAAUUAUCACUUAUGUUGCUUAUGAAAUGGGUAAAUGGUAUAUUGACAGGCAUAUAUUUUACUUCCUGCAGCUACUUAUCCCUUAUUUGAUAAUUUCAAUUUUAUUCCAAAUAUUUGCAACAAAAGGGCUCUCAGAAUUCGGAUUUAAAGAAGAAAUACCAUCAUCUGUUGUUAUAAUGUUCACAAUAAUAGUUAGUGACUCUCUAUUUUACUUUUGGUCGCCAGUAACUUCGGAAUCUUACAGACAACCAACUUACAUGCAAGACUGCUUUGUUUCAAGCUUCCAGUUACCAGCUUCAAGGAUAAUAGAGCGUAAAGAAACCCCUAAAUACGUCAGCAGCCCAAUUUAUGAAAAAUUCCAUUCAAUUGAACCUUCAAAAGAGGAGAGAUUGGAACAACUGCCUCAUUGCAAGAAGAUACUAUGGCCAAAGGUUACUGUCAAUAUAUAA